AUGCAUCCGCUUUACGCGGACGGCGGCGGCGGCUACGACACCGGCGGGAGGCUCCUCCCCGUCCUCGAGCCCUCGCACGACGCGUCGUUCGCGCCGCUCGCGCACGCGCUCGGGCGCGACGGGACGGAGAACGCGAAGAGCGCCACCGCGGUGGUCGACGGCCUGGACGCGUGCGGGAUCGAGGCCGCGCGCGUCCUCGCGCGCAGCGGCCUCAUGUCGCUCGUCCUCGUGGACGACGCGCGCGUGGAGCAGCGCGAUCUGGACGCGUGCUCGCUCUUCACGACCGAGGACGUCGUCCGCGGGCGCUCGCGCGCGGAAGCGCUCGCGCGAUGCGUCAACGACGCGACGUCGAAUCUGAAGACGCCACACACGAAGGUGAGAUCCGUGGCGGAGGCGGACGUCGCGGAGCUGAUGAAGCAGGAGGAGUCUGAGGGCGGGUUCGUGGACGUCGUCUUGAGCACGAGGAAGGACAUCGACGCGCAGAAGGAGCUCAACCGGAAGUGCGCGGAGUGCGACGUCGAGAGACCGCAGCUCGAGGGCCAGGAUACUUACCUGAUACUUCCACGAAGGAACGUCGACCACGUCUUCGCGUGCGCGCUCGGCUGCUUCGCGUUCGCGUUCGUCGACGCCGGCGAGCGCCACGACAUGAAAUCGAAGCGAACGCCGACGUCGAGCUAUGAGAACGAUAGAUGCUUCAAAGUCGCGGACGACAGGGUCGUCAUCCCCCCCGUCGCGAUGGUCGAGAGCGUCGUCCCGGACGCGGACGAACGGCGCGCCGAUCGCGGCGGCCGAGGGUGCGCGGCGACGGUGUGCGACGCCGCCGCGCACGGGCUCAGCGCGGGCGACCGCGUCGAGUUCACCGGCGUCGGAGGCUUCGAGAUGAGGUCGACGAAGAGGUCGACGGUGACCGAGGUCGUGAACCCGCACGCGUUUAAGGUUGACCUGGAGCACAAGUACGCGCUGAGCGGGGUUUACACGAGCGGGGUUUACACGAGCGGGGUGAGCGCGCUGGGCGGGUGGGUGGAGCAGAUGCCGAGGGAACGGGACGUGCGCUUCGACGCGCUCGAAGAGACGCUGAAGCGCGCGAGACGCAUCGCGGAAGACAUCGACGCCGAGGUUGACUUCGACUUCGGCGUCGUGCAAUCUGGGGGGCACGCGACGCUGAAGUUCGCGGGGGAAGUGGACGUCGCGCACGCGCUCGUGGCGGAGCUCGAGGCGCUGUUGACGACGACGCGUCCGAGUUCGAGUUCGAGUCCGACGCCGAUCGUCGUCGACCCGCGUAAUCCCGGCGCGAGCGAAGCCGUGGCGCUCCUUCGUCGCGGCGCGAAGUGCGAGGUUCUCCCCGUGUGCAAAGUCGCCGGCGCGAUGGCCGCGUGCGAGGCGCUGAAGCUCAUCACGGAGAGGCACGUCCCCGCGAAGCAGUGGCUCGUGUACGACGCCGCGGAGCUGAUGCUCGACGGCGGCGGCGGCGGCGCCGACGGGUCGACAGACCGAUCGAAGCCGGCGGCGUCCGUCGGCGAGUUGAUCGGCGCGAAGACCGUGGACGCCGCGAACGCGCUGCGCGUCGUCGUCGCCGGGUCCGGCGACGUCGCGAGAGAGAUUCGGAGCCACGGCGUGGGCGACGUGACGACGUUGGAGGAACGCGAGGAGGGCGCCGGCGACGUCGGCGGGCGGUGGCGCGAGGACGACGUCCCGCGCGACGCCGACGUCCUCGUGACCGCGCUGGACGACCUGUCCUCGCGCAGGGCGUUCGACGACCUCUCCGUGCGGCGAGGCGUCGCAAUGAUCGACCCGGGUGCCGAUGGGUGCCGUCUGAGUUGCCAUGUGGCGAUCCCUCACGUCACGGCGCCGUGGUCGCACGGGCCGCGCGACGCCCCGGACUGGGAGCCGCCGUCGUGCGUGCUCGGUAACUUUCCGCACGUGUUCGCGCACUGCGGGAAGUGGGCGAGGGAUCGGUACGCGGAAAUUUUCGUCGCGCCGUUCCGCGCGGCGAGGGCGUACUUGGACUCGAGCGCCGCCGGAGACGGCUUCGACGACGACGUCGCCGCGGCGGUGGCCACGGAGAGAAUGAAGGACCCGAAGGCGAAGCUGACGGAACUGGCGACGAUCCGGGACGUGCUCCUCGCGGACGCGCCGAAGACCGUCGGCGACUGCGUGCGGUGGGCGGCGCGUCUGUUCAAACGUCUGUUCGAGGACGGACCGAACGAGAUGCUUCGCUCGUUCCCGGUGGAUCAGAAAACGGCCGCGGGGGCGCCGUUUUGGAGCGGUACGAAACGCGCCCCGAAACCGAUAAAGUACGGCGGGUCCAACUUCCACACCCGGCAUUACGCCUCGUUCGUCGUCGCCGCCGCUCGAGCGCGGAUGCUCGCGUACGGGCUGAAACCGAAAAAGGAAGGCGACGAGAACGCGGAGACGCUGCGCGAGAUGGACGCGAUGCGGACGGAGCUGGCGAAGCUGACGCAAGCGCCGGCAUCGGCGACCGACGACGCCGCGGGCGCCGCGAAUAAGAAACGAAAGCGCGAGGACGACGACGACGACGAGGACGCCGCCGCGCGCGCAGCCUUCGACGCCAUCGCCGCUGAGUUGUCGUCGAAACGCGUCCAGAUAUCGUCGCUGCGCGAGCCCAUCGCGGCGUACCUCGCGACGUCCGCCGCGUUCGCGCCUCGCGACCCGAUCCACGCGGGUUUCGUCGCCGCCGCGGCGCUGUCCCGCGCGAGGGUGUACUCCAUACAUCUCGGCAGGUUGGAGGAGUAUUACGACGUCGUGUCUGUCGCCGCGGACGCGAAGCCGGGGAUGCCCGGGGUGAACGCGCUCCUCGCGGCGCUCGUCGCGGUCGAGACGUACAAGCUCGGGGCGCUGAAAGCGAGGGACGCGGCGAAACCCGCGCCGACGCCGGCGCCGGCGCCGGCGUUUCGUAACACGUACGCGUCUGUCGGCGCGAACGUCCACGUCUCCGCGGCGGCGACCGCGCUGCCCUGCACGACGGUCGCGACGAAGACCGGCACGUUUCGCUGGUCCGUGUGGGACGUGAUAGACCUCGGCGAGUGCGGGGUCGCGAAAGGCGCCGGCGACGCGUUGACUUUAAAACGCGUCAUCGACGCGUUUAAAGAAAAGUUCGGGCUCGAAGUCGGCGCGGUCUCCAUCGGUCCUUCGCUUCUGUACGCGGACUUCAUGAACCCGGCGAAGACGAAAGACAAGCUCGAGCGGCCACUCGUGGACGUGUUGACCGAGAUCGGCAAGAUGCCGCCCGCGGAGGAGGGCGGCGGCGGCGAAGGGGCGGCUGCGGUCGCCGCGGUACAGCUGUCGAUCGGCGCGUGCGACGAGAACGACGACGACGUGGAGGGCGUGCCGGACGUCCGCGUGCUCGUGAGAAGGUCCGUGAGGAACUCGCCGUUGAGCCUCCCAGCGCGCUCCUUCGCCGCGGCCGCCGCGGCGGCGAACCCGCCGUGA